AUGUGCGGCUUGGCCGACCAGGAGACGCCACGGAACGACAAGCCGGAGCCGGAGGUCCCUUCCGCUGUGGCUUCUCAACUGGCCUGGGAGGAAGCGUUUGAGCGCUACUUCGAAUCCCCAAAAGCGGCUGCUGUGCCAACGUCUAAGCAGCAACCAGGAGAGCACGCAAAGCAGGCGUUCCCGGAAGCUGUCGCACCGGCGCCGCUCUCCCCCUGCCCCCACGGACCGAGCAUCGAUGGCCUGAACCUCGACCCCAUCUUCCGCUGCGAUGACAUCUCUUCUUACCAGGACGAAGAGGAGCUCAUUCCGGCCCAGGCGGGCCUUCUUGAUGCGUAUCGCAGCGGCAGCCACACCGACUCCCCCAAAGUCUCUCCCCCCGCCCGCCUCUCCACCGGCGUCGGCUGCCACAUUCCUGGGCCCGGGGUCUUCAACCGGGCGCCCAUGACGAACGGAGUCAGCAACGGGCCAACCGGCCAGAAGGGGCGGCGCAUGACCAAGACAAUCUGCCCGGGAGACAGGGACCAGAAGCGCCUCAAACUGGCGGAGCGGCUGCCUGGAAACAAGGACGGCGCGACCGACGGCGGGCCCCACCUCAAAGAAGCAGGGAACGAGGACGGCUCUGCGUUUUGGACGCAGUAUGAAAACCCCGAGUACGAUCGAGACGAUCCAAGCAGCUUUUGAGACAUGUACGCUAUGGUCGGCCGUUAGAUAGGAAGAGUUUACGAGAGGAAAUAGGUGGAGCGAUAUGUGCUGAAUGGAAUAAGUUGAGAAUUGUCCCAAGACUGUCCGAUGAAGGGAGCUCGGAUGUGGAGUUUGCCAACAGCAGCCAGAAACGGUGUAAGUACCAAACAUUAUCUUGUGUUUUAGGACUAUUAUCCGGCACUGAUUGAGAUGUAGAGACCGGUUGCCAAAGAUUGUAGAGAGUAGAAGCGAGAAUUGAGGUGGAGCCUGCAGGAACUCAAUCCCAGUGAAGUGAGGCGCACGACUUUGAGAUGGUGGUUCAUGAAUAGCGGCUGACUUCCAAAAAGAGCAGGGUCUAUCGGUGAGGUUUACCGCGAGCAGAGCAAGGUGUGAAGUAGCGUACGAUUGGUCAAGCGUGUGCAGGUGUACAAUUCAGAGAAAGUAUAGCAUCGAAUUGAGCAAGCCUGCCGAUAGACUGAGC